CGAUAGCUGCACGGUGAGCUUGCUGAGAGGAGCGGCAGUCUCUGUCCAGCCGCUCAUCCCAACGCAAACAAACCACCAAUGGGCAGUCUUUGUUUCCGCAGGAGCCCGGUCACGUGGUGGCUUCAUUAGCGCGGCCGUCCAAUCAGCGUCAACCCGCUGCUCGCCUGUGGACCUUUCGAAGCUGUGCGUGUGUUGUAUCGAUGUCCUUCACUCGAAUGAACGCUCUCCGCACGGGUACGUGCGCUCACCAAACUGUGGCGACGAUACAACAGCGAGACCACCCAUCCGGAGCGCACAUAACACAGUCCACUGGGCUGACAGCCAAGGUGUAUUUCAGAAACUGUCUCCCCGUCUGGUCCCCAUGACACUGCGAUCCCUCGCAGUACGGUCCACGCCACCGGAUCCUUUAAGCGCUGUGCUCUCAGAGAGCAUGGAAGUUCCACUGUCCGAGUCGUAACAGAAAGCGUGGAGUGGGAUCCUUUCUUUUGUACCGUGCACCGACCAGAUUUGUCCCAUCUGCAGCAGCAGUCGGCCGGGCGCAACAUUCAGUUGUAUUUUUAAACGGCUGUCAGUUCUCCACGCCAGCUGGCAAAGACAAGAACAUUAUUCUCCACUCCUAGUGCCGAACUGACGGUAAUGCAGGUUCGAUGGUGAACUCAUUUUGUGCACGGAGUUAACACUAUCGCUGUCCCUGUCUUUCAUCCAGGUUUUAGUUGUUUCGGACUGUCAUACACACGGAUAUAAUACAGCGAGGCGUGUAACUACUCAAGGACCCAAGCGUGGUCGCCGAGUACUCCAGUGGGUGCCUCCGCCUCUUUUCCCGGGGAAAUAGGUGCUGGUGUGGUGUGUGUUUGGUGGAAAGAGAGGCGGCAAAUCUACAGACUCUUCGGAUGAUCAUGUCGGCGAUCACCCUCUCGGUCUACCCGAACGACCAGGCCCCGGAGAAGCGCCGGGUGUCGUGCUGUGUAGGAUGCGGGGGACAGAUACAGGACCAGUAUAUACUCCGCGUGGCCCCGGACUUGGAGUGGCACGCCGCCUGUCUCAAGUGCGGGGACUGUGAGGCCUACCUGGACGAGACCUGCACGUGUUUUGUACGGGACGGCAAACCCUACUGCAAGCGCGACUACCUCAGGCUGUUCGGAACCAAAUGUGCCAAGUGUGGCCAGAGCUUCGACAAGAACGACUUCGUCAUGCGGGCCCGGAACAAGAUCUACCACAUCGAGUGCUUUCGCUGCGUGGCCUGCAGCCGGCAGCUCAUCCCGGGGGACGAGUUCGCGCUCCGGGAGGACGGCCUGUUCUGCAAAGCGGACCACGAGAUGCUGGAGCGCAGCGGGUGUGGCGGCGCGGGGGACGGCACCGUCGUGGUAAGCAGCAACGGCCCACCUAACAACAACAACAAUGGAAACCAUCGAAACUACAUGAACGACGACGACCUGCUCAUACCGUCCCCAACGGGGAGGCAGACCCACUCGGAGCCCAUGCCCAACCGGACCGUACGCUCGCACGCCCACAAGCCCGAAAAGCCCACGCGGGUGCGCACCGUGCUGAACGAGAAGCAGCUGCACACCUUGCGAACCUGCUACGCGGCCAACCCGCGGCCCGACGCCCUCAUGAAGGAACAGCUGGUGGAGAUGACGUCGCUCAGCCCGCGGGUCAUCCGGGUCUGGUUCCAGAACAAGCGCUGCAAGGACAAGAAAAGGAACCAGCUGAUGAAGCAGAUGGCGGAGCAGAACGCCAACAAGGACCCCAGUCGGAGGGUUCAGAAUUUCAACGGUGUACCCAUGGUGGCCUCCAGCCCCGUCCGGCACGACUCGCAAAUGCAGGGCAACCAGGUGGAGGUACAGAGCUACCAGCCGCCGUGGAAGGCCCUCAGCGACUUUGCCCUCCAGAGCGACAUCGAACAGCCGCCAUUCCAACAACUGGUAAACUUCUCCGAACAGAACCUCGGGCAGUCGAAGGAUAUGCGAGACGAUAACUCGGCAAUUAUGAGUUUACCGCCCACACCCGACUCCUCUGACCGGAUGCACGGCGGUUCCAAUGGCCACAUGGACCGGAUGGAUUCGCUAAGCGUCAGCGAUUGACGUGGAUUUUUCUUUGGUCCCGAUGUAUACCCAACGACUUUCCAUCGUGUAGUAUAAUGCAUGUAAAGAAGAGGACAAAUUGAAAUCUUCGCCGGUCAUGGAGGAAUACGAGCUACUGUGCAGAGGAGUGAGUACAUGAAUAAACUUGACCUGUGAACCAUCCCUGUUUUGCUUUUCUCUCUAACCGUGCAAAAAGGCGCACGAGGAAUGUGAACCUCGUCUCCAGUCCAGUCAUCACUGCCCUCGAGCGGGGGUUCGACUCCAGAGCCGGCGUUAACAAGGGGGAUACAAUCUUCAAUGAGUGAGGCGUUACCCCAGAGGCAUACGAAGAAAUCAUCCGGCGGCGAAAGAGCGUGUAGCUGUGGAGCAAGAUGUCAUUUUUUUCCACCGACCAAGGCUCUAAUCCAGUGUUGGUUUCCUCUUGAAAUGACGUUCGUGGAGUCAGAACUACAGCCGUGGAAUAGGAUUGUGCUCACGUUUUGUGAUUAUACACGACAUGACGUUGACUCUAUACCAAGUCAGACGUUAACGUCUUUGGUCACUCCAGUGUGUCGCAGUGCUCAAGUGUAGCGCAGACUCCGGAGGUGAAUAUUCAUGUUCACGCUCUCAACGUGUAAUAACUGUUAUGAAAACCAGACGUUCCUGCCCCUACGCAGAAGGCACCAGGUCACAGGCGACAAUUUGUGCAAUUUGAUUGGUUAACGCAGACUGCCUGUUUUAGGCAAAAGAUAUCAUGGCGUCGAGUAACAGGAAUAAUCGUCAAACAAUACCUUUUUGAGAAUCUCGAACAGAAUUACUCUCACGCAGACCCAAUCUCAGAGAGACGCAGUGCUGAAAUGCGGGAAAAAAAAUAAAACUCACCAUUGAGAAAUACCGGUUAUACGUUUAACAUUCCCAUACCACGUGACCGCUCUCUGAGUCGGCACAAUAGUUCCAAAACGAUGAAUAAGGUGGUGUGUUUUCUGAUCGAGUGUGUAGAACUGAAGCUAUUUUCCCCAGUUUUCCCCUGAUUUCACCAUUUAUAUUUUAAUGAUGAUAGUUACUAUGUAGAGCUCCAGGUUGCUUUAAUCUAGUGUUCUUGGUGCGUGUUGGGUGUACACAUAUGAUUUUUAGGUAUUUCAUUUUGUGAUUUUCUUGGCAUCACCAAAGUUAAAAUGUUCGCGUUGUUCAUUUCCCAAGCUUUAUACGUCGCGUUAGCCCAUGGACGCGUUUGAUCAAGUAGCGCCAAAUUACGAUUUUUAUUUGCACUUUGCCUCGUGCCGCCGUCUUAUUGGACAGAAAAGAUAGCUACUGAUAUUGGCCCGAAUGCAUACGAUUGCCUGGUUUGAGGCCUCUUUACCUGUCGUCCUACGGUAUUAACCGUGACGUCAUGAUUUAAUCCCUCGGCUGGCUGUUGCCAGGGUAACGGGUCCGAGAUGGGAGCCGGGUAUAACGUGCUUAAAGGUUCGUGGCUGGAACAUGCAAGAUCUGCCUCGAGCAGAAUCGGGCACGCACACGCACGCAAGAAAAUUCACUAGUCGCAACUGUAAUACGGAAUGCUCUCCCAGCUUUCCCACGCCAUUGUUACACUGGUAAUUCGUUCACAUUUUGCGUAUGAAUCUUUUUUUUCUCUCUUUCUUUAACUUCAGUUAAGCAGGCCGCGCUGAACAUCUUCAUGGCUGCACCGUUGUUUUGAAUAUUUGGGUGUUUUUUUUGUUUUCUUGCCAUUUUACAAAAUACAGUCAUUUUAAAUUGUACUAUAUUUCUGUUCCUCGAUGUGUGCGCAAGUGGUUACACUCACAUUGUGUAAAUUAUAUAGAAAGAGUUUCCUUGUCUUUUUCAAUACGUGUCAUUAUUUAUUAAGAGGUGUAUCAUUCCUCGCUUUGUACGUUUAGUAAAUUGUAUUCGUAUCUCUAUCUCUUUUGGGUUCAUUUUAAAGAUGAUAUAUGGAAUCAGAAUAUAAUUUGACAGGUUCCGUUCCCGCUCGAGUCGAUUUCUUUCCGGACCUACAUGUACUCUUAUUUUUUUUUAAUUAACUGAGUCAGCAUCUUUUUUUUGCCGCUUCUGCUGAUUUUAUUUUAUAUAAAAAUGGUUUUUUCCUCAAAAUGUUUUUUAACUAGAACACCUUAAUUCGUAAGGUGUUUCGUGUCGUGAUAUCCGCUCAGUCUCCAGUACACGCACUUCUUGUCCCAGUUCACGGCCCUACCGUCUUCCCCCAACUUGAACGGAAAAAAAUCCAGUGGUGCGAUUCGCAUGAGCAGCCGAUCUCGGGGCGGACCGUGACUGCACAAGCGGAUGCCGAAUUUGGCUUUCUCCUCGGUCUAAUCACGUGGUGACCCGCUUCGCGUUGCUGCUCACGUUAAUUUCAUAAUCGUUUUCAAUUCCAUUCUUCCUCUUCAUUCUCUUUCCACCUUUUUUUCUGUGUCGGAGGCGAAAGUAGGUAAGAGAGAAACGUGAGGUUACUAUGAUCACUAGCGGGCGGAUGGGGGGGGGGUGCCCGCCAAAAGUGCAGACCGUACCUAGCCCCGAGAAUAGUGUGUGUGUUUUCGGUGAGGAAGGGUCGUUGAACCUCUAGCCAAACGGUGAAGUUUAGCGUAAUUGGGUAAAUCACCGACUUGUUUCUUGUCUUAAAACUGAACCAAAAGUGCCAGGACAUCAUCCCAGCAGAAAGAUGUGGAUGUCUUGCUUCACAUUUCAAACAAGGGUGGUCGAGUGACUUCAUCCUUCAACCCUAUGCGUCGAAAUGCACGCUGGAUUCACCUUUCACGUCACCAAUCACUGUUGUGUUAGAGUAGCGAUAUAAAAAUGUGCAAUGCGUAUCCGUGGUUGUUAACGAACCAUACCAAACCAAGCAAUAUGUGAUAAAAUAUCAAUAUUCUAACCACGAUCUGUAAUAUCAACUUCUUUCUACAAAAGGGCGGGCUUUGCGUUUGGGUUUUGCUAAGUUAACGGCACACAUCUGUGCAGACAGUGAGGAGCACACUCCAGCAUUAUGAUGUUCAAUCUGUAUGCGUUUUAUUUACCCCAACACGGGGACGCAAUAUCACCUGACAACAUCCUCGUGCCAGUAAUUAUUAUGUACUGUCAUGUUUGUGUCUCAGUGCUCUCAUUGGCUAUUGUUUGCCAUUUACUGUAUUGUUAAUAUUAUUCAAUAUUAUUCUCUGCAUCGUAUGUGUUAUCCGUAAAUGAAAUUAUGCAGCAGAAUAGUUGUACGUGUAUAUAGGACAUACAACAGUCGCCAGUUAUUUUCUCGCAAAGAAAGAUAAGGGAGAAAAAUAAGAAGAAAUCAGAAGAUGUGGAUUACGGUGUACGAGUUGGCGUUUACAUUCUACGUUUUAUCUAACUUAUUUGUUGUCGGUGUAACUGCUAUUUGCUGGUGUACAUUUCGAGUUGAGGUGACGUUUUACAGUCGCAAUUUGGCAAAUAAAGAUUUCACCGGUGGCUGAAACCUA